AUGCCGUCUGAAUCGUCCCCGAGCGAACCUGAGCGACCGCCCCCUCCAACGACUCCCCGCAAACCUCGCAAUCGCACAUCACCUGAGACUCCUCGAGCAAAAAUUAGAGCCAGCCCCGGAGAUGCGCCCCAUUCCGCUCCUGCCGCCGCUCAGGCUGGCAGGCGCAACGACUCCAAGAAACCGGAGCCUACACUUCUAACCGACUUCUUCCAUGGCAGACAAAGCGCCGCCCGCGUCGCGGCUGAUCGAAAGCGGCGUCAGAGCGUCGACGCCGUCAAGGCUGAGCUGCGUGCCAAUAUGCGCCUAGAAAUGAGGCAGAGCUCCGUCCGCAAGCUGCAACAGCCUAGCGGCGUGCGCGAACGGGUGCACCAUUGGCAACGCAAACACGGUACCACAAUGGCCACCUCCAACCCAAACUAUGCAGCCACCGAGCCUGACGACGUAGCUUUUGAUGGCGAGGAUCUGGAGAGUGUUACCGAAGAGGACCGCGUGCGAAUCAAGAUGCGUCAGAGAUCGAACCCACCUGCGCCCAAAUUUGUACCCAAUAGACCAAACCACGAUGACAACCCCGGUUCGUCUGGCCGAGACGAUGCCGCAGAAGACGACGCCAGAUCGCUUUCGCCGCCUAAGAAGCGUGUAGUAAGCGACUCUAAUUGGAUGCGCCAAAAACCCAAGAAAUCUCCUCCCCGAAAGGUGACGCCUUCAUCUUCCAAAGAAACCACACCGCAAAUAUCGAAAGCCUUUGUUCUGCACCCUACUCCAAAUCCCCCCGUUUCCAGCAAGAUUAAAGCUUGGGCUGCCAAAAUUGAGAUGCCAGACGAGUACGAAUCUGGUUCUCAGGUUGGAAGCGCGGCUAGCCGCUCGACAGCCCGCUUAAAGCCCAAAUACAAGCAGUUCGGUGACGAUGACGGCAUUCGUGUGAGUGGUUCGAAUGAUUCUUCCGUCGUUCGAGAUGACGGAAUUCGCGUUCGUCCCACCACUACUGGCUCCAAUAUUUCUUUCCCUGGUCAAACCUACCGUCCACCAACAGGUCGACGAAGCAAGAGCAUUGCAGCCUCAUCACGAUCCGCUCUAAGCAUAGAAGCGAGCGACAUCUCGUCGCCGUCGUCAGAAGGCACGAAGAAACCUGUCCGUCGACGUAGUAAGAGCAUGUCGACUGACAAGAAGGAGUCCGUCAACGAUACACCAACCAAGACAGCAUCGAAACGGCGUGCGAGAGGUCAAAGAGAUGCCAUGAGGUCAUAUCUCUCUGCGUCGGCGGCUGAAACGGAUACGUCGUCGCACCUUGGUGAUGAUGUAUCCAACCUUAGCAGCUCGCUGCGACCCGAUUCCGACAUGGACUCGAAGCUCACUGCAAAAACUCUUGCCGACAAUCUCGGCGACAUCCCAUUUGGUCACUCUGCUUUCAGUGAGCUGGAUCUCUCUGGCAGAUACCGGCCCAAGAAGCUCAACGUUGAUCGCAAGUCGAGCUUCAAGGGGGUCCCUCAUGUCUUCAAGAAGGUUGUGGAGGAAGGGAAGAAGAUCAUGAAAGACAUGAAUGAGCCACCCAGACCACAAGCCCCAAAUAAGCCCCCGAGCAUUGAAAAGUGGCUCAGCACGACUGUCGAUCCAUUCAUCGAGACUCCCAAAGAAGCGCCCGCGCCAAUCAUCAAAACGCAUCCCGCAACAGAGGAUUCUGUGACUACCCAAAACACUGCUGAAUCAAAGGUGGCAACUUCUUCAUCACCAAAAGAAGCUCCUCGCAAAUCAUCCGCCGUCAGCUCCGACGACGUCACUAGUACACUUGAAGGUUCCGAAACUCCACUACGAACUGAGACCGUUCGACGAAGGCGGGCUCAUACCGUGGGAGCGCAGAAGCGCCACUCGAAGAGACACUCUCAACCGGAACAAACAUCAGACAUAUCUUCGGCAGUUACUGACGAAACGGCAACGGAGUUGGUGGAGGAAAAAAGGGAGCCCAAGGAACACCUGCAGCAUGCAAAAGACGACACAAAAGGGUCCAGCUCGAUGGAACUUAAAAGAACACGUGCAAAGCGUGCCACGUCCUCGCCUCUCAGAAACAAGGAAGGCUUCCUUGGCAUGUUCAAGAAUGCCUUCUCCGGCGAGUCUGCGGCCUUUGCCGGACCUGGCAAGGCUUAUAGAACAGAAGAGCCCCAACGACAUGAGCUGCAUGACCAAGAAUACACCGACGACUACACCGACGGAUCUGCUUUGUCUAGCAGGGACACAGAGUCACAACUUACACAAUCCACUGCUAGUGAUCACCACGCAAACAUCCCCAGAAUGGUUGCUCCCCGACACCCUCCACCCACCAAGGGACAUCAUGAAUUGUCAACGAUCAUGUCCGAUGACGGAUCCAGUGCUGUAAGCUCGGCUCUCACAGGCUCAGAUGCUACAUCGCGGAUCACUCAAUCUACCGGGACCGAGUCAACCAUCAUGUCCAAGACCAGCCACGCUUCUCUCAAGAAGCAGCACAGCUUGGCCAAAAGACGAAUCACCAGCCAUUCCGAUCUUAUGUCGGUCCUUUCGCUUCCAGACCAAGCUGCUGUUCCCCAGAGCAUGAAGAAUAGAUCUCGACCGAGUCUCCGCCGGAAGCAAGGUGUGCCAGCGGGUUUCUCCGAAAACGAACUGUUGCAAGAAUUUGAAGACGAUGAAAAUCUUUACAACCGGGAGCUCAAGACCUUGGUCGAUGGUGUCAUUCCUGUUCUCCUGGGCGACGUCGUGAACAAUAGUGACGCUACAACACUCUUUUCUACUGGGGGAGGAAGCCAGGCUGACGCAAUUUCUAAGGCUGUUGUUGGCAUGGGUGUCGCACUCGAGAAACUGAAGAAUGCGCAUAAAAAAGCACCACUUCAAGAUAUCCGUCGCCUAGCUCACUGGGCACAUGGCGUUGUGCCAAUGUACAACAGCUACCUCAGCGCAUGGAGACUCGGCUUCCAAGAUCUAGUGGUGAAUCUCGCCCCCGCCUCAGGGAAGCCCGAUGAUGAAGACUCACUAUUAGAUGCGCUCCCAAGAAACGAGCACGGCGAUAUAAUCAAUGAAGACGGAGAAAGAGUUGCUGUCGGUUAUUUGCUGAAGCGACCUUUGGUCCGUAUCAAGCACAUGACAAAGCUCAUCAAAUGUAUCGACAGCAUUAUCAACAGCCAAGAUACUAGUCAACUCCUGCGUGAUUUUGAGAAUCUGCAAGAGAAAUCUCGACGCCGCCACCGUGAAGAGACGGCACGGAUUGAGGACGAAGAUGCGAUCAAUACGGAUGUCACAAGAUGCCGAGACAUCAGAACUUUGGGGGCCAUCACGCCUCCAGCCAUCGACCCCCAUUUGCAAGUCAAUGCAAAAGACACAUUUGCCCUAUUUUUGGCCCACUCCAAUGGACAGCGUCUGCAGUGCCGGGUCGAGCUUGUUUACCGUGACAACCCUCUUCAACCAAAGCAACCGGGCGAUCUACUUAUUCGUGAGCCAGGGGAUGGUAAAGAAGGCAGAAAAUCGUACCUCCUAUUCCCGCCAAUUCAGAUGCAUCUUUGCUCUGCCAGAACUGGCGACAGCCAUUUUGACAUGGCCAUUAUGCUCCGAGGUGUUUAUGACGGCCGCGCCUGGCAUGAGUUGCUGUUCUUGACGGCCGAUGACGAAGAUCAAAUACUCGACUGGCUAGAUCUUCUUCCCCUCAACCCAGUCCCUCUACGAGAACCGGAGCCAAGCGUUGUCGGUGAUGAUGAACCUGACAGAUUUGUCGACAUUCCAGUCGGGGUGCCUACAGUAUCAGAAUUACCUGACCGUGCGAUCCCGGCUGCUGAUAUUUUGGCUGCUAGGCCGCAGUCUCCUCUUGUCAAAUCGCCUCAGGACCCUCAAACGCCCAAAAGAGAGAGAACGGAUGCCGGUCGGGACGAGGCUCAGUCACUUUCAACGCCAGAAAGCGACCACGACAAAACUCCAACUCAGCCAACAUAUAAUGUCGAGGACUGGGACGACAGAGGCUAUCGCGAGGAGGACGACUUGCUCCCCCAGCCUCUCAAAAUCAAGAAAGCCUCCCCUCCGAGAAUACGGCGAGAUGAUGAAGCUCCUCCGCCGCCAGCCCACCGCACACUUCCGCCCACGCCUGAACAACAGCAGAAGGACCCGAAUCUGCUUGCACCGCCAGAGCCAACUGAGAGAAUUAAGCGGCGUAGAUCGUCACCUCUCAAACACGAAUACCUGCCUUCCGACGCCUCGUCUGGAGGAUCAAGCAGCCCUAGUCCGGAGCAGUCGGACGAUGACUCUUCAGACGACGACGACAUCGACAGCAUGGACAUACCAGAGACUGAGCUUGGUGUGAGCAUCCCUAACGAAGCACACCAGUCUCAAAAGGCGGAACCAAAACACGAAAGCGUACUGUCUCAGUCAGAUUAUAGUAUUACACCGUCCAAUUCGGCUUCGCAGGCCUGUGGAGUUCACCCUCCGCGCAGCACUGCAGAACAGCAAGAGAAUACUACCCGUUUUAUGGCAUCGCUCUCGCGAUGGUCUGAGAAAGGGGCGUGGAAGGAUCUCAGCAACCACCCCUGUGUUAUUGUUGUCUCUGCUGGUCUUGUCGAGGCGUAUGCUUUCCGCACCGAUAGCGAUCCGAGCAAGUCCAUCAAAUUAGACGAACAGCCACUGAUCGCUCUUGACCUCACUCCGCUUGUGCUUAUCAGACAAAGCACAGCUUUGGAUUUAGAAGUACGAUCGUCGGUUCAAAUGCACUCGCGCCUAUAUGAGAAGUGCAACGGUGGCAACUUUCGCUUCAGAUGCCACAGCGCACCUGAGUGCUUUGCGUUGUACAUGGCAGUCCACCAAGCGCGCCUCAGCAAUCAAAAAUUCAUCCAGUUGGAGAACGAGGCGCGCUUCAGAGGGUUUGGAGAGAGGCACGAGCCUGAAGAAGAUGACCGAGCUGGACGGCGCCGUAGUUGGUUCGGUCGCAAGAAUAGCUACCGCAGCUCGCCGAGAAGUGCAGCCCGCUCUCAGGACGGAGAGAGCGCCGCGCACUCAUCAACACCCUCAGCAACCAGCUUCCUUAAGCGGCUCACUCAAUCCGGGAAUUCCGCGUUCAGCCUCGAGCAUUCCUCCAUCGACCGCCAGAGCCGUGGCGGCAGCGGCCGAAAUAGCUUGUACACGUCUGGUUCCUCCUCGGCGAGCGGCGCUUCACCUCGCUCGCCAUCUGUCAGCACUGGUAACACUCCUGGACACCGCGGCUCCAUGGAUGCUGAGAACAUUCGAAUUCGACUGCAUCUCCUGGUCUCGUCUACGAAAUGGGAGGACUGCGGCAACUGCAUUCUCAAGAUCCGCAGACCCCCUCCCGGUUGGCACCAAGCACUCCUUGCCGACCACGGACUGGAAAAGCGCAUCACGGUGCAGUCCCAACCAAAGAAGGAUGAUGAAGAGCCCAAGGUAUUGCUCGACGCAGUCUUGGGCAGUGGUUGCUUUUCCGCAAUGGGAAGUCGUGGAAUCGUCUGCGGCAUCUGGGAAGAGGUGCAGGGGGCCAACGGCGUGGUUGGCAUGGUCCCUGCGAAGAGCAACCCUGGCGGUAAGAUCAAGAAGUGGUGUUUCCAGCUGUCUACGGCUGCAGAAGCUAAUUGGGUGCUGCGAAUGGUGCACCAAGAAGUUGUUCGCGCAUAA